ACACCCGACCCGCACCCCACGGGAACGGGACGAGACCGCAGACCACAGACCACCUCACCUACCUACCCAUCCCCAUCCCCAUCCCCCCUCCUCUUCCCCGGCGCCAGCGGGAUGUGGGCCCUCCGCGAGCUGGCCGGCGCGGCGGAGGAUUUCGCCGACGCCGCCGAAGAGGCAGUUCAGCUUCUCAUCAGGAUCCGCACCGCCAGCGGCCGGGCGGCGCGCGCCUCCGUCACAGCCGUCUCCAUCCUCCUGGCCGGCGUGCGCGACGUCGCAGCCGCCUUCGCGCCCGUCGUCCAGGUCGUCGCCAAGUUCUUCCGGCGCUCCCGCCCCAAGCCGUCCCGGCAGGAACGCCGCCGCAAGAAGAGGGACGCCAAUCGCGAGGCCCGCAAGCGCGAGAGGGAGGACAAGGCCUCCGUGCGCUCCCCAGCGUCCCGUGUCCCGCCCGCGCCCCAGCCCGUUCUCCCACCCCAUCCCCGUGCCGGAUCUCGCCGCCUCCGCCGCCGUGGGUCUGCCGCCUCCAACGGCUAUUCCACGGGUUCCGAUGUCUGAGAACGGAUGCAGAGUAAUGGGAAAGAAGAUGCUUCAUCCUUGAGGAUCAUCAGCGAUGUAAAUGGAUCGUUAGAGUAUGGACACAAUUCGGACUGUACUUGGUCGUGACAGGGAGUUCGAACACUACUUACUAUCAAAGGUUUUACUCUCCGCCAUGUAUUUUUCCUCCGUGAAUGACUUAGAUGGUGAGAGGACAUCUCUACAGCCGUUACACCAAACGCCCCCGCCGCUACACCUGUGCAAAUUCCAGAAAAAGAUGAACCAUACACAGAAGCCCGCGUGCUCCGAUUAAAUUAUGAGGUACUUUCGUUUCUUAGUACUAGUCCUAACGCUCAUGAGAAUAUGAUGCUGCCUAAAUCAGAUAUGUUUGUAUUUCUCAGGAACCAAGGGCCUAUGAUAAACCAAAGAGACUACGAGCGUUGGAGCAUAAUCAAGCGUGGUUACCAAGGUGAGAAUGAAGACGGAACUUUAAGGCCUUCUACGAUGCAAGAUGCUUAGAAAAAUUAAUCAGUUUUUUUCUUAAAUACCAGUGCUUAUUUAUACCGGGUAGAUGCUUAAUUGCACCCCUCCUGUAGAAAUACGCACUGGUUCUUAAGAAAAACUUGGUUUGCUGCCGUUACACCAACCGCCCCUGCCGCUACAAAUUAAAUGUGCAAAUUCCAGAAAAAGAUGAACCAUAUACCGAAGCACGCGCGCUCCAAUUGAAUUAUGAGGUACUUUUGUUUCUAAUAAGUAGUUCUAGUGUUCAUGAGAUUAUGAUGCUGCCUAAAUCAGAUAUGUUUGUAUUUCUCAGGAACGAAGGGCCUAUGAUAAACCAAAGAGACUACUAGCGUUGGAGCAUAAUCAAGCGUGGUUACAAAGGCGGGAAUGAAGACGGAACUUUAAGGCCGUCUACAAUGCAAGAUGCUUAGAAAAAUAAACAUCUUUUUCCUAAACAUCAGUGCUUAUUUAUACAUGAUAGACGCUUAAUUACACCCCUCCCGUAGAAAUAUGCAUUGGUUCUUAAGAAAAACUUGGUUUACUGCUGUUACACCAACCGCCCGGGCCGCUAUAAAUUAAAUGUGCAAAUUCCAGAAAAAGACAAGAACCAUAUACCGAAGCACGCGCGCUCCAAGGUAUUUUUGUUUCUAAGUAGUUCUAGUGUUCAUGAGAAUAUGAUACUGCCUAAAUCAGAUAUGUUUGUAUUUCUCAGGGACGAAGGGCCUAUGAUAAAACAAAGAGACUACUAGCGUUGGAGCAUAAUCAAGCGUGGUUACAAAGGCGGGAAUGAAGACAGAACUUUAAGGCCUUCUACAAUGCAAGAUGCUUAGAAAAAUAAAUCAGCUUUUUCCUAAACAUCAGUGCUUAUUUAUACAGGGUAGACGCUUAAUUACACCCCUCCUGUAGAAAUAUGCAUUGGUUCUUAAGAAAAACUUGGUUUACUGCUGUUACACCAACUGCCCCUGCCACUACAAAUUAAAUGUGCAAAUUCCAGAAAAAGAUGAACCAUAUACUGAAGCACGCGCGCUGCAAUUGAAUUAUGAGGUACUUUUGUUUCUAAGUAGUUAUAGUGUUCAUGAGAAUAUGAUGCUGCCUAAAUAAGUUAUGUUUGUAUUUCUCAGGAACGAAGGGCCUAUGAUAAACCAAAGAGACUACUAGCGUUGGAGCAUAAUCAAGCGUGGUUACAAAGGCGGGAAUGAAGAUGGAACUUUAAGGCCUUCUACAAUGCAAGAUGCUUAGAAAAAUAAAUCAGUUUUUUCUUAAAUAACAGUGCUUAUUUAUAUAGGGUAAACGCUUAAUUGCACCCCUCCUGGUUCCUAAGAAAAACUUGGUUAUAAAAAUUUGUCGUAGCCGUAACCCUGUGUACCAAGUUGUGUCCAACGACCAGCUUACAGAAUCUCAGCCUUUUGUUUACUUUUGGCAAGAGCUCACAUCAUGUCGUGAUUGGAAAAUUUGAAGGUACUUCAUAUGUACUCCCUA